AUGAAGCAAAAAUCCGAGGAUGACAGGAUGGAUGAUUAUCGGCGAAGAAGAGACCGAGUCCAGCGCAGAGUGCUAGCAGCUGAGGAAAAACUUCGAUCUCGAGUUGAAGAUAUACCCUCGGACUCUGAUGCUUCGGAAGAUGAACCCGUGUGGGUACCACGGGAUCUCAAGAUUAAGCCAGACCGGCGUACCAGGGGGAUCGAGAAACUGGUCAAAGCUGAGCGCGAAAAAGAAGAGUAUUGGGAUUCCUUGUACAGCGAUCCUGAGAUUCAUCCAGACUUCGUCAAUGGCCCUGAUAGUGAUUCCGAUGAAGAAUUUGAAGAGGACUCCGCGAAAGACGAUGAUGAUGAAUCUGAUAAUUCUAACAAAUCUGAUGACUCCGAUGAAUCUGACGAGUACUCUUGCUCAUGA